AUGUCGACUGGAGACGUCACGAAAUCGCUGUUCCACGUCAGCAGCAACAGCCCUGACGUGUGGUGGUCCCUCCCCGACGGCAUCUCCGAAAGACUGCCCUUGCCUCCUGGCCGCUGGCAGAAAAUCGAGGUGCGCCGGGAGGGUUGGGAGUCCGUGGAGGUGCGGGUGGGGGAGCUAUCUCAUCGAAUGGGGGUCCACCUAUCCCCUGACCUGCUGCUGCGAUGCCUGACCCAGGACAUGUACUAUUACCUGCUCAUGCCCGGAGCCCAAUGUACUCUCAAUCAGCAGCAGCAGGACGGCAGGGAGGACGGCAGCAGGGAGGACGGCAGCAGGGAGGACGAAGGCAAGAGGAGCAGUGCAUCUGCUGCGAUCGCAUCUGGAGGCGGUGGGGGACUCGGUGCUAGCACUCACGUGUGUGCUGCACCUCGUGCGCCAGCAACCACCCCUGUCCAUGAUCUCCCUGCUGCUACACUAGGUUUGUUUCUGAGCAUUCUUGAAACCCCUUUCUGCUCGCCUCCCUCCCUCCCUCCCUCCCUCCCUCCCUCCCUCCCUCCCUCCCUCCCUCCCUCCCUCCCUCCCUCCCUCCCUCCCUCCCUCCCUCCCUCCCUCCCUCCCUCCCUCCCACUCUCCCGCCUCCCUGCCCCCCAUGUCCACUCCUCAUCCGAUCCGUGUUCAGCAUUUCUCCGCUCCGCAUUCCUCCGCCACCCCAUUCCACUUCUGCAUCUCCAUCUCUCUCAAACUCUCCUCCCCUAUGCACUCUACCUCAUUAUACGAGUCCUGAUUUUACUUUCCUCCUCCCAUUCCUCUUCCGCAAUCUUGUAUCUCUUCUUCCCCCUCUUGCUCAUCUUCUCUUUUUUGUCCCACUUUCCCUCCUGCUCCCCUUCUCCCCCCCGUUUCCUUCGCGCCCUUUCCCCCCUCCUGUCUCCAUUCCGCCUCCUGUUCUUCCAUCCUCACAGCGUGAGCAACAGGAGUCUGGCGGGCAUAGGAGGGGGGGCGCUGGGCCUGCCGGCAGCCAUGCUGAGCUUCUCAGAUGCGCUGCUCAUGCAGGGCAAGCGCGCCAUGCGUAAAGGGGGGGACACGGUGGAGUCUUCAUUAGUUGCGUGCACAAUGGAGGCACUUGUUGGUGCGGUUUAUGCAGAAAAGGGCCUGGAAGCAGCGUCAGCCUUUGUAACCCGCCUGCUGCCCUCGCUAGUGGACUCCCGCACCACUCUUCCCCACGCACAGAAGCUGGAGUUUGGCCAUCAGUAUGGGCAACAACUCGGGCAUGAGCAUGGGCAUCAGCAGCACCAGCAGCAACAGCAGCAGCAGCGUAUUCAGCCGGGCGGAGAGGGAAGUGUGACGGUGGGCGAAGCAGCAGCAGAGCAGAGCAGUAGAGUUCAGUCUGCAGCAGAGCGGAGCGACCCUCGAGUCCCAGUUGACCCCGUGGCUCGAUUGCAGCAGAUGUCUCUCCAGCAACUGGGGCUCAUCCCACAAUACCGGCAUACAGGGACGGACAACCCAGGGACAGCACACGUGACGGAGCGAGUGCGAGUGUAUGCGGCAGGAAGAAGGAUGGGCACAGGCAUGGGGCCAACAUUGGAGGAGGUGAAGAGAGACGGAGCAGCCAAGGCACUGCUAGCAUGGGGUAAGGUGUGGUUUGGGGAGUGGGGGAGUGAGGAUGCGGAGGAAGGGAUGAAUUGA